AUGGAUGAUGGGGAGGUAGAGCUUUCGAAUCAUGUGUUGUUACCGAAUCUCGAUUCAGCUGGUAGUUUGCAGUGUUCUGCAUCUGUGGAUUCGCUUCUUGAUGAAUUCUUGAAGAAUACAAGAACAUGUACUCACACUCACACUUGCAACCCUCCUGGCCCGGAUGCAAUCCAUUCGCAUACAUGUUACCACACACACACCCAAGUCAUUGCCUCUGAAGAAGAUGACGACAUAAAAAGUAGAGAGCAUUCGAAUUCUAAAGCUAAAAGGCCAGCAGGAAAUAGAGAAGCGGUUCGAAAGUAUAGGGAAAAGAAGAAGGCACAUACGGCUUACUUAGAAGAGGAAGUAAGGAAAUUGCGUAUAUUGAACCAGCAGCUGGUGAGGAAAAUACAACGGCAGGCAAUUCUGGAAGCCGAGGUUUUGAGGCUAAGAAGCAUAUUAGUGGACCUUAGGGGAAAGAUUGAUACUGAAUUGGGUGUCUUUCCAUUCCAAAACCAGUGCAACACGACUACUGUGUUCAAGGAAGGCGAUUGUGGAGUGCAACCUACUGGUGGGUCAAUAGACAUACCGUGUCAGACAGAUUUACCAUGCUUCCAAACCCAAGUAGUAGGUUCUUCUUCUCAGGCCAAUAUUGGUGGAAAUGGGAAACUGAUUGAAUCAUGGGAAGCGAAUUGUCUGCCUCCAAUUGUAGAUUGUCAAACUAACACGAACAAUAUGGCAAAUGGUGAAGGACAUGCAAUCAACAUGGUCGAAGCCUUGUUGUCAUCUGCCUCUCAAGCUUUGGAUGAAACAAUGAGGACUGUAGCUUUUCACAGGCCCAUGAGGCUCAACUUUAAAGCUAGGCUAAUCCCAGAGCAAAACAAGAUGGAUGCUGGACAAGCAGGGUUUGUGGUUGAGAAAGAAGUUUUACUUGUAAAACAGAGCACACAAGACUUACUCUCUCACAAAUCAAGAAAAAAAGAGAAAGAAAACGAGUCUCUAUUAGCAUAG